AUACUCGAUGAAAUGAUUUUAGGAUGCAUGAAUCAGUCUAUGAUUUUCAUCUAAUUCCCUUUGUUAACAAGUUAGCAUCUAUACUAUUUAUGCAGGUGCUACAACAAGUGAGAAUUUCCAGCAAUGGAGGUUGCUAGUGAAAUAACGAAAGGAGUUGUUCAGGUUCUUAUGGUUCCGGUUAAAAAACAACUGGAUUACCUGGUGUCCUACAAAAAAUACGUGGAUGAUAUGCACACCAAAAAGAAAGAUUUGGAUGUUGCAAGACUCGGUGUGGAAUCCCAGAAGAAGCAAAAUAGAGAAAGACGUCUUGAGGUUCCUGCGCAAGUCGGCCCUUGGUUGAUAGAAGUCGAACACAUGAAUGAAAAGGUGGCACACUUUCCAAGUGAAGUCCCCGGCUGUCUCGAUCUCAAGAGUAGGCACAAGCUCGGAAGGAAAGCCUUCAAGAUAUUUAAAGAGAUUGAGAGUGUUAUGGGACGAUGCCCUGAAAUUCAAGGAACUGAACUACAAAUUCCUGUGGGGAGAAUUGAUUCCAUCAUGGCGUCCACCUCUAAACCAUCAAGUGAUCAAAAUGACUUCCACUCAAGAGAGUUGACUUUUAUGAAAGCACUGGAAGCACUCGGGCCCAACCAUAGUUCCCACAUGGUAGCGUUAUGUGGGAUGGGUGGAGUGGGAAAGACCACUAUGAUGAAGAAGCUGAAGGACGUUGUGGUAGGAAAGAAAAUGUUUAAUCAUUAUGUUGAGGCGGUUAUAGGGGAAAAGACAGACCCCAUUGCUAUUCAGCAAGCUGUUGCAGAGUACCUUGGUAUAAGCCUAACUGAAACCACUAAACCAGCAAGAACUGAUAAGCUCCGUACAUGGUUUGCAAACAAUUCAGAUGGAGGAAAGAAGAAGUUCCUGGUAAUACUAGACGAUGUAUGGCAACCAGUUGAUUUGGAAGAUAUUGGUUUAAGCCGUUUUCCAAAUCAAGACGUUGACUUCAAGGUCUUGAUUACAUCACGGGACCAAUCAGUUUGCACUGAGAUGGGAGUUAAAGCUGAUUUAGUUCUCAAGGUGAGUGUCCUGGAGGAAGCGGAAGCACACAGUUUGUUCCUCCAAUUUUUAGAACCUUCUGAUGAUGUCGAUCCUGAGCUCCAUAAGAUCAGGGAAGAAAUUGUAAGGAAGUGUUGCGGUCUACCCAUUGCCAUCAAAACCAUGGCCUGCACUCUUAGAAGUAAAAGUAAGGAUACAUGGAAGAAUGCACUUUCUCGUUUACAACACCAUGACAUUAACACAAUUGCGCCUACUGUUUUCCAAACUAGCUAUGACAAUCUCCAAGACGAGGUGACCAAAGCUACUUUUUUGCUUUGUGGUUUAUUUCCAGAGGACUUCAAUAUUCCUACUGAGGACCUACUGAGGUAUGGCUGGGGAUUGAAGUUAUUUAAGGGAAUGGAUACUAUAAGAGAAGCAAGAUACAAGCUGAACUCGUGCAUUGAGCGGCUCAAGCAUACCAAUUUGUUGAUUGAAGGUGAUAAUGUUAGGCACGUCAAAAUGCACGAUCUGGUGCGUGCUUUUGUUUUGGAUAUGUUUUCUAAAGCUGAGCAUGCUUCUAUCGUCAACCAUGGUAGUAGUAAGCCAGGGUGGCCUGAAAUUGAAAAUGAUGUGAGCUCCUCAUGCAAAAGAAUCUCAUUAACAUGCAAGGGUAUGAUUGAAUUUCCUGGUGAGUUCAAGUUUCCAAAUGUCUCGAUUUUGAAACUUAUGCAUGGAGAUACGUCGUUGAAGUUCCCUCGAAACUUUUAUGAAGAAAUGGGACAGCUUCAGGUUAUAUCAUAUGAUCAUAUGAGAUAUCCAUUGCUUUCCUCAUCGCUUGAACGCUCCACCAACCUUCGAGUGCUUCUUUUGCAUCAAUGCUCGUUGACGUUUGAUUUAUCUUCUAUUGGAAACUUGCCAAAUUUGGAAGUUCUCAGCUUUGCUGGUUCUGAAUUUAAUAGGCGACCUUCUAUAAUCGGAAAUUUGAAGAAGCUAAGGGUACUAGAUGUGACAGGCUGUUAUGGUCUUCAUAUAGAUAAUGGUGUCUUUAAAAAUUUGGUCAGACUUGAAGAGCUCUGGGCUUUUGGAAGGGGUAUUAGCAUCACAGGUGAUGACUUCAAUGAAGGGGCAAAACAUUGGAAGAACCUUUCUGCCUUGGAGUUUGAGUUCCAUAAAAACAAUGCUCAACCGAAGAAUCUUUCAUUUGAGAAUCUUGAACGAUUCAAGAUCUCAGUGGGACGUUCUUUAAAUAAAGAAUAUUCAAUGGAGAGAAAAUAUUCAUUCGAAAACACAUUGAAGUUGGUAACCAAGAAAGGUGAACUAUUGGAAUCUAGAAUUAAUGAGUUGUUUGAGAAAACGGUGGUGCUUUGUUUAUGUGUGGACGAUAUGAAUGAUCUUGAAGAUGUAGGGAUGAAGUCCUCACUUUGUCCUUUGUCCUCCUCGUUCUGCAAUGUAAGAAUGCUUGUUGUUUCGGAGUGUGCAGAGUUGAAAUACCUUUUCACACUGGGUGUUGCAAAUGUUCUGUCAAAUCUUGAGUUUCUUGUAGUUUUCAAUUGCUUUGCUAUGAAAGAACUCAUACAUGUUGAGAGUGGUGGAGAAGAGAGAGUUACAUUCCCCAAGUUGAUAUCUCUAUCUUUGAAAGGACUACCACAACUAUUGAGUUUGUGCGGGAAUGUGAACGUGAUUGCGCUACCACACCUCAUGGAGUUAAAAAUUAAAGAAAUUCCAAAUAUCACAAGCAUUUAUUCCAAGAAUAAUUCGGCAACAUCCUGCUUUUUAAGAGGAGAGGUUUUGAUUCCUAAGCUUAAGCGUCUGCACAUUGAGCGUAUGGAGAAUUUGAAGGAAAUAUGGCCUUGUGACUUUGGGACGAGUGAGGAAGUUAAGUUGAGAGAGAUUGAAGUGGAUGAUUGUAAGAAUCUUGUGAAUCUAUUUCCGUGUAAUCCCAUGCCAUUGUUGCAUCAUCUUGAAGAGUUAACAGUCAGUGAUUGUGGUUCCAUUGAAGUGUUAUUCAACAUCGACUUGGAUUGUAUUGGUGAGCAAGGGCGGACGCAGGAUUUCACAGUAGGGGUUGCACGAGAAAGUCAGGAAUUGCGUGAUAGUAGAAAAAAUAAAAAUUUUGAAAAUUUUCAAAAACUUUUUCACUGCGGCCGGAAAAGUCAAGGGUUGCCGGUGCCACCCUGGACCCCCCCUAAACCUGCCCUUGUUGGUGAGACCAGAGAAGAAGGUGGUACCUACAACUUGAGAAAAAUUAAUGUAAGGGGAUUAAGGAAGCUACAAGAGGUGUGGAGGAUAAAAGGUGGUGAAAAUAACUCUGGAAUCCCUAUCCGUGGCUUUCAAGCAAUUGAAAGCAUAGAUAUUGCAAGAUGUAACAGGUUUAGAAACGGAUACUCACCUACCACCACCAAUUUUGAUAUGGGGGCACUCACCUCUAUGUCUAUAUUUAAUUCGGGAGAAAUUAGAAGAAAAUAUGGAUCGGUGGAAAGUAGCCAAGGGAAAGAGAAUACUCUGUUCCCUCCCGAUCUCAUACACUCGUUUCAUAACCUCCGUGAUCUUCAGUUGAUGAGAUAUGAAGGAGUGGAGGUGAUAUUUGAGAUGAAGAGUACUCCACCAAGUCAAGAUAAUCAACAUCGAAUACUUCCCAACCUUGAAAACAUGGAAAUUAGUAAUACAGAGAGUAUGAGUCACGUGUGGAAGUGCAAUUGGAAUGAGUUCUUAACUCUUCACGGAAAAACGACAGAAUCCACAUUCCACAACCUCACAACCAUACACUUGUACAGAUGCAAACGCAUUAAGUACUUGUUUUCACCUCUCAUGGCAGAACUUCUUUCCAACCUAAAGAGAGUCCAUAUAGAAGACUGUUAUGGUAUGGAAGAAGUUGUUUCAAACAGAGACGAUGAAUAUGAAGAAAAAAUAACAUCAACAUCAACAUCUACCCACACAACACGCACCACUCUCUUCCCUCUUCUUGAUUCUCUCAUUUUAGAUGACCUGCAAAAUCUCAAGUGUAUUAGUGGUGGUGGUGCCAAGGGUGGGAACAAUGAAAUAUCUUUCAACAGUACCAUUACAACUACCUCCUUUCUUGAUCAAUAUAGGUUUUCUCAAGGGGAUGGUGUUUCUUGGAGCUUAUGCCAAUACGCUAGAGAGAUAAGUAUAAGUUACUGUCAUGCAAUGUCAAGUGUGAUUCCAUAUUAUGCAGCAGGACAGAUGCAAAAGCUUCAAGUGCUGAGAAUAUACUCUUGCCAUGGGAUGGAGGAGGUGUUUGAAACUAAAGGGAUCAACAAGAGUGUUAUUAUGCUUGAACUGGCCAACCUAAAGAUAGUGACAAUUAGUCAUUGUGACCUUUUGGAACAUAUAUUCACACUUUCCACACUUGAAAGCCUCAUACAACUUGAAGAGUUAAUGAUAGAGAGUUGCAAGGCAAUGAAAGUGAUUGUGGUGAAGGCAGAAGAACAUGGGGUAGAGAAAACAACAAUGGCAUCUUCCUCUAAGGUUGUGGUCUUUCCUCGUCUAAAGCGUAUUAAACUAAUUGAUCUACAAGAGUUGGUGGCUUUCUUUUUAGGGGCGAACGAGUUCCAGUGGCCUUCAUUGGAAAAGGUUGAAGUCGAUGGUUGCCCACAGAUGAAGGUGUUCACAGCUUGUGGGUCAACAGAUCUAUCGCUGAAGUAUGUGGAAGAUGGGUUAGGCAAACAUAGUCCUGAAUGUUGGUUUAACUCUAAUGUGACAACCACUACUAUUGGUCAGCUUCAGGAGAGUACAAGCUUCUCCUGCCUUGCUGCUACUUCAGAAGUGAUCCAUUGGUCUUAGUUGAAAGUGUAUUUUUCCUUGUAACAUCCCACAGGGAUAUAGAUCGAUAUUUAUAUACAAUAAUAGAUACAAAGGAUAAGUACAAUCACUUAGGAUCCUUAUCUAUACAAAAUAUAAUUGAUCUUA